AGCAGAGCAUCUGAGAUAGCAUGCACGCUGUCUAAACCACAAGAUGAAGACGAUGCACGCCACCAUCCUUGUCGUGCUCUCCUCCCUCCUCGCCGUCGCCUCCUCCAGCAAGGACCGCUGCCACUCGGGCGACAAGGCGGCGCUGCUCGCCUUCAAGGCGGCGCUCGGCAACCCUUACCAAUUCGCGUCCUGGACGCCCGACACGCCCUGCUGCGACUGGUACGACGUCGACUGCGACGACUCAACCGGCCGUGUCAUCGGCCUCUCCGUCUUCCAGGACUCCAACAUCACCGGCACCAUCCCCGACGCCGUCGCCGGCCUUACCCACCUCAAGAAUCUUAUGCUGCACCACCUCCCCGCCCUGUCCGGCCGCAUCCCGCCGGCCAUCGCCAAGCUCUCCAACCUCUCCAUGCUCAUCAUCUCCUGGACCGCCGUCUCCGGCCCCGUGCCGUCGUUCCUGGGUGCGCUCACUGCGCUCACCUUCCUCGACCUCUCCUUCAACUCCCUCACGGGCGCCGUCCCCGCGUCGCUCGCCGCCCUCCCCAACCUCUCCGGCAUCAAUCUCAGCCGCAACCGCCUCACCGGCACCAUCCCGCCCCUGCUCCUCAGCAUGUCCCCCGACCAGGCCUACCUCUGGCUGUCGCACAACAACCUGUCCGGCACCAUCCCCGCCGAGUUCGCCGCCGUGAACUUCGCGCACAUCGACCUGUCGCGCAACGCCUUCACCGGCGACGCCUCGGGCCUGUUUGGCCGGGCAAAGGCACUGCAGCACCUGGAACUGUCGCGCAAUGCCUUCAGCUUCGACCUCUCCGGCGUGGGGAUACCGGAGAACCUCAACUUCGUGGACCUCAGCCACAACGCCAUCUACGGCGGCAUCCCGGCGCAGUUUGCCAACGUGAGCAUCCUGCAGUUCUUCAACGUCAGCUACAACCGGCUGUGCGGCCCGGUGCCGAGCGGCGGCAACAUGGCGAGGUUUGAUCUGUUCUGCUUCCAACACAACAAGUGCUUGUGUGGGACUCCACUUCGGCCAUGCAAGUGAUCCAUCAGUUCAAUUGUAAUCUUAAAAUAAAACCAUCUCCGUCAGGCAUCGAUAAUCUAGCUAGUUGCAUCAAUAAUCAAUGUGCGCAACAAAUGUCUAUGUUGUUGAUCUAUAUCAAGUGCCCAUCAUUUUAACUAAUAUUGAUGUAAUCUUUGGAUACGUAUGCUCAUUUAAAGGCAAAUACACCUUUCGGUAUGAAUGUUUUAAGUCGCGUUCAUAUGGUGGUGAGCCAUAUGAAAAGCUACAAAUUAACAAGACGGCAUUGCAUUCUUUUUCUGAA